AUGAAGAUCAUUGCCUUAGCUCUCGUUGUCUUUGUCGGUUUGGUCGUGGGCGCCGAGGUCGAUAGCGCACCGGAAGUGCCAUCAGUUCUAGAAGUAUCGGCAGAUCUCGAGAUCCCGGAAGCACCCGAAGCUCCUAUUCAACCAGACAUUGAACAGGACGCUGCGGAUGAACCUUCGCCACCAAGCGAGGACCAAAAUUCCGAAGUCCCGGAAGACUCAGACGCUCCUAUUCGACCGGACAUUGAACAGGACGCGGCCGAAGAACCUUCACGUCCUCACCCUGCACCAGAAGUUGAUGCAGAAGCAGAAGAACAGGAUGAUGAGGCCGCAGAAGCAGAAGAAGAUGAUGAUGAUCAGUCGGAUGACUCCGAUGAAUCGGACGAAAGUGACGAAAUUGAAGAGGCGCGCCAGGCUGUGGAGGAGCUGGAAGAACGCCAGCAAGAGUUGGACUAUCUGAAGCGGUAUCUAGUCGGACGGCUUCAGGCUACCGCUCUUCUUGGUCGUCGUGUUAGUCCAGCUGUGAUUCGUCGUCCCUGGAUCCGUCGUCCUUGGAAUCUUCCCGGAUUGAGACCCCGGCUAGUGCUCUAG